CCUUUGCUUUGCAGCCCGGCCGGAGCGCCCAGCCCAGGGUCCCGCAGCCCCCUCCGGGUCCGGCCGCUGCGCCGCCGUCGGCGAUGUUUUAUUUCCACUGCCCGCCGCAGCUGGAGGGCACUGCACCGUUUGGCAACCACUCCACAGGGGACUUCGAUGAUGGCUUCCUGCGCAGAAAGCAGCGUAGGAACCGGACAACCUUCACCCUCCAGCAGCUGGAGGCUUUGGAGGCUGUCUUUGCCCAGACCCAUUACCCAGACGUCUUCACUAGGGAAGAGCUGGCCAUGAAAAUAAACCUCACAGAAGCCAGAGUGCAGGUUUGGUUCCAGAACCGAAGAGCCAAAUGGAGGAAGACAGAGAGGGGGACCUCGGACCAGGAGCCAGGGGCCAAGGAGCCCAUGGCCGAGGUGACGCCGCCGCCCGUGAGGAACAUCAGCUCACCGCCACCCGCAGACCAGGCACGGGGCAAGAAGGAGACCCUGGAGGCCCCGCAGAGCCUGGCCCGAGCCGUGGGCCCCACGGGGCCCUUUUUCCCAUCCUGCCUGCCCGGGACCCUGCUCAACACUGCCACCUACGCCCAGGCCCUGUCCCACGUGGCCUCCCUAAAAGGUGGCCCACUCUGCUCCUGCUGUGUCCCGGACCCCAUGGGACUGUCCUUCCUGCCCACCUACGGCUGCCAGAGCAACCGCACGGCCAGCGUGGCAGCUCUGCGCAUGAAGGCCCGGGAGCACUCGGAGGCCGUGUUGCAGUCUGCCAACCUCCUGCCGCCCGCCAGCAGCAGCCCCGGCCCUGCCACCAAGCCCGCUCCCCCCGACGGUGGCCAGGACAAGACAUCGUCUGUCAAGGACCAGAGCGAGGGCGAGCCGGGUGUAUGAGCCGGCAGGGCCCCGCUGCUUCCGCCCCUCCUGCCCGCUGCUUCUCCCUGCCUUGGCCCUGGGGACCCUCGACAGCAAGGACAGCCUGCAGCCAGGCUCUGUGGGGGCCCAGGAGGGGAAAUCAAGGCCGGCAACUCUCUGGGUGCUUGGAGAGUCCCUCUGGGGUCCCGCUGGUGGGCUGUGUUGUCCUGGCCUCUUAAGUGAUAGGUCACCACGGGCCAAGGUGGCACUGGAGUGGCCUCUGGUGACACCCCUUAGAGGAAGGUAGAUGGACUCACAUCACCAGCCCUCCCUUCCCUUCCCAGACAGGUGUCCUUGGCCCCUUCUGUCAGCCGGAUCUCAGGGCGUAGGCUGUCUCCCUGGUGUGCAAUGGAGCAAUCUGUCACAUUGUUCGAAAACCAUCACCAACUGUGCUUCCCUGGGCUGGGGAGAGAGCAGCAAGCCCGUUCUCCAUGGGGAGU